AUCUGGAACUCAAAAAGAAAGAAAGGGAGGACAGGCGACAAAGAAGAAAAAGAUGCAGAAAAAAGCAAUGAGAUGCAGAUCGACACAUCCAUCCAUGGAAGUUUCGCCCUUUCUUCUUCGAGGUGCUCCGUUUGCGGGCUCCACUGUGGAUGUGGAUGCGUUAUUCGAGAAAGUCAGACAUGUUUAAUUCGGUGGGUAUCGCGAUUGAUCGUGUUUCCGAUCGGCUGGACCGCGGCGGAUGGAGUCCGUCAGCCCGUCUAUUGAACCACAUCUGCGCAAAAAUGGCUGGCAAUUGCUUCAGGCGAUCAAUAGUCCAAUCGGGGAAGGGAUUCCGUUGUCCAUCUUGCAGGACCCUGAGAUCCACCACUGACCACAGCUUCAUACGGUUGAAUGCCGGAAAAAGCACCAUUGGCAGAUAAAUUGUGGGACGGGAAUCUUCUAGGCCUCCUU